CCUCGACAUCAGUCAACCGAUAUCAGUUAUCCACUGAUCGGAACAGGCAAAAUGAAGAUCUUCAUACCUCUAUUAACCACCCUCCUAGUAGGGCUGACCACUGCUCUAGACUGGUGGGAGCACGGAAACUUCUACCAGGUCUACCCACGAUCCUUCAAGGAUUCCGAUGGUGACGGAAUUGGUGAUCUGGAUGGAAUCACCGAAAAGCUGCAAUAUCUAAAGGACAUUGGCAUGGACGGAGUUUGGUUGUCACCGAUCUUCUCUUCACCGAUGGCUGAUUUUGGCUACGACAUUUCAAACUUCCGUCAGAUUCAGACCGAAUACGGAGAUCUGGAUGCUUUCCAGCGCUUGUCCGACAAGUGUAAGGAACUGGGCUUGCAUCUGAUCUUGGAUUUCGUCCCGAACCAUACUAGCGAUCAGCACGAAUACUUCAUUAAGUCUGUGGAAAAAGACGAGACCUACAAGGAUUUCUACGUCUGGCACCCAGGUGUAGAUGGACCUAACAACACCAAGGUUCCGCCAUCGAACUGGAUCAGCGUGUUCCGUGGAUCUUCCUGGGAAUGGAAUGAGCAGCGCGGGGAGUUUUACCUGCAUCAAUUUUUGAAGGAGCAACCGGAUCUUAACUAUCGCAAUCCUGCUGUAGUUGAAGAGAUGAAGAACGUGCUGCGGUAUUGGUUGGAUCGUGGAGUUUCUGGGUUCAGAAUUGAUGCCGUGCCGUAUCUGUUUGAAAGUGGCGAGUCCGACGGACGUUAUCGCAAUGAACCAGAGAGUCGAGCCACCGACGAUCCCGAGAAUCCAGCCUACUUGACCCAUACGCAAACCAUGGAUCAGCCGGAAACCUACGACAUGAUCUAUCAAUGGCGCGCAGUUUUGGACGAAUAUUCCCAGAAAGACAACAGAACUCGUAUCAUGAUGACCGAGGGCUAUACAAGUCUUCCGAAGAUCAUCGAGUUCUUUGGUAACGCUACCGCUAACGGGGCACAGAUACCGUUCAACUUCGAAGUGAUCAGUAACAUCAAGAAGACCAGCACUGGCGCUGACUUUGCCAAAUACGUCAAAAACUGGCUGGAUGCCAAACCAGCGAACAGACGUUCCAACUGGGUGCUUGGAAAUCACGACAACCCUCGUAUUGGAUCUCGUCUUGGUGAGAACAAGAUCGACUUGUACAACAUUGCUCUGCAAACGUUGCCGGAUAUUGCCGUCACGUACUACGGCGAGGAAAUCGGAAUGCUCGAUCAGUGGAUUCCUUGGAAUGAGACCGUUGAUCCGGCUGCCUGUAGAUCGGACGAAGCCACCUAUACCGCUUACUCUCGAGAUCCAGUUCGUACCCCAAUGCAGUGGGACAAUGAAAAGAACGCCGGUUUCUCUACAGCAGCUAAAACAUGGCUUCAGGUUGCGGAUAACUAUAAGACCCUCAACGUCAAGGUUCAGGACCGCGCCCGCAAGAGUCAUCUGAAGAUAUUCAAGAAGCUGACCAAAUACCGAAAGCGCCAAAUUCUGACCGAAGGAGACCUGGACAUCCAGGUGUCCGGGGAGAAUCUACUCGUGUACAAACGGAAGGUCGACAAGGUGGGCUACGUGGUUGUGGCGCUAAACUUUGGCACGGAACCGGUUGCGCUGGGUCUGACCAGUUUGUACGAUGGAGUUGAUAAACGAAUGCAAGUGGUGGUAUCUUCUAACAGAGUGACCACUGCUGAUAACGCCUGGGUGGAUGCGGACAAAUACCGAUUGAUUGGAGAGAGCGGUAUCGUUCUUCAAUACCUUUGGGGUAAGAAUCCAAUUGUUUCCUAACUUUAGAUGAAAUCUGAUGUAGUCCCAUAUCGUAGCAGCACAAUAGAACAUAUAAUAAAUGCACUGCUUGAUCGUA